UAAGGACGCUGUUGCAAACCUGAAGCUGUGAGCUCUAGUCUGGGUUCUUCACAGCACCACUUCCGCUCUUGAAAAGCUAGGAGGAACCCUGAGAAUUCUGGGAAAUGUAGUUCACCACACUCCCAUCCCCGGAUUCUAGGAUAACUUCCGUCGCAGGAGGCUCAGAGGGCCGCCCUGCUCUGUCGGGAAUUUUGGGAAAUGUAGGUCGGGAAUCCACGGAGACCCUCUGGAGUAGUCUGUAAAUCGCCCCUGCUCCCCUAUGGAAUUCUGGGAAGUGUAGUUCAGGCGGCCCGUGCGGGAAGAGCCACUUCCGCCCCAGGUGAGCGAGGCCUGUGUUUCUCCCGGAAAGGUCUCCACCAAUUCCUAGAAAAGAGGAGGAGAAAAUGGCCCAGUUGCAGGAGAUGGUGACAUUCAGGGACGUGGCUGUGGUCUUUAGCAAGGAGGAGCUGGAGCUGCUGGAUGCUGCCCAGAGGAAGCUGUACCGCGACGUGAUGCUGGAGACCUUCAGGACGCUGCUCUCAGUGGCGCAGGAGCCCUUCAAACCAGGGCUGAUAGCCCAGCUGGAGAAGGAAGAGAAGCUUUGCAUGGUGGAGGCCCCAGGACGUGGACUCCCAGGAAGCAAGGGUGGACAUGCUGUGGAAUUAAACUCCUGUUGUCCCAGAGCAUUCUCCUCCUGUCAGACCUGGCCAGGAGGUGCAGGCUUGUUACCCAGGUGUCAGGAUUCCAUGAGAAGAUGUCCAGAGGGGAACACCGAGUCUCAGAACCAAGGAGAUUGUCCUUGCCUGGUGUGCGCAGACAUGCCGGUUCAGAUUUCUGAAGACGGGAACUACGUGUGGCCUCCUGUAAAUGAUGACGCUGCCUCUAUGAAAAAUCAAGGGUUUCCUUCGCUGAGAGCCAAGCAGUUCUGGUGGGAAUCAUAUCUCCAUGGAGCGUGUAAUUGCCAAUGGGAAGGUCAGCAAAUGUCCAGGGGAAAUCACUUCUGCAGGUGUGAGGGCAUGAGGUGGUUCUCAUACCACAGGGACAGUGAGGGGUUACACAGAAAGCAGGGAAGCUGUAGUGUCCAUGACAACGGAGAAGAGACCAUGACAGUAUCGUCGUUAAAGCAGGACUUGGUUAGGUUAGGGCCUGAGCCCUGCCCAUGUACUGAGGCUGGAAAAGCCUGGGGCCAUGGUCACAGUGAGGACCACAGCUCUGUCACACAGCAGCAGUUCCACUCCAGAGGGAAGCCCUGUGCACACAGUCCGUGUGGAAAGGGCCGUGGUGAUGGCUCAGCUCGUCACAGUCAUCAGAGUGUGGAGACAGGAGCUGAGGGUGCUGCUGAGAGCCCUCCUGUGCGUUCCCCUCCGAGAGAGUGUCCAGAGCGCGCCCUGUGCCAGUGCAGUGAGAACGUCCACCGCGGCUCCCCUCCUCACCCUUGUGGAUGUGCCCACCCAGCCGAUGCCUCCUGGAAGUGCAGCAUCCCUGGGAAAACCCUGGACUGCUGUUUACACUGUGGUAGCAAUUUUAGGGCCCACACUAGGGAAGAGCCCAACAAGUAUGAGGAGAAUGGGAAUGUUUCUAAUCAGAGUUCGUAUCUCCAAGUCAAUGGGAACACCCAUCCUGAAGAGAAACUAUAUCCAGGUGUGGAGGGUAGGAAAGAUUUCACACGUUGUUCAAGUUUUCACCCUCAUCACAGAGUCCAUGUGGAAGAGACUCUCUGUAACUCUGAGUGUGGUAACCACUUCAGUCUGCCCCCACAUUUCCAGGACUUCCCAGCCAUGCAUCCCAGGGAGCAGCCUCCUAAACAUUCACGCAGCUUUGGUCAAAGUUUGCGUGUUCAAGGCCAUCAGCAAAUUCACAGCAGAGAGAAACCUUUUACUAGAGAGGGUAGGAAUGGUUGUAGCUGGAGUUCCAGCCCCAAAGAUCAUCAGAAACAGAAGCCACACAAAUGCAACACCUGUGGGAAAGGCUUCAGUCACAGAUGGGUGCUUAACAUUCACCAGAGAGUGCACACGGGAGAGAAACCAUACAAGUGUGAGGAGUGUGGGAAGGAGUUCAGCCAGAGUGCCUACCUGCAUGCCCACCAGAGAGUUCACACUGGGGAGAAGCCGUACAAGUGUGAGGAGUGUGGGAAGUCCUUCAGUCGGAGUUUCUACCUGCAAGGCCACCAGAGAGUUCACACUGGGGAGAAACCUUACAAGUGUGAGGAGUGUGGGAAGGAGUUCAGUCGGAAUUCCUACCUGCAAGACCACCAGAGAGUUCAUACUGGGGAGAAACCAUACAAGUGUGAGGUGUGUGGGAAGGGCUUCAGUCGGAGUUCAAACCUUCAGGGCCACCUGAGAGUUCACACUGGUGAGAAGCCUUACAAGUGUGAGGAGUGUGGGAAGGGCUUCAGAUGGAACUCUAAUCUUCAGAUUCAUCAGCGGGUUCACACAGAAGAAAAGCCCUAUAAAUGUGGAGAAUGUGGCAAAGGCUUCAGCAAGGCUUCAACUCUCCUGGCGCAUGAGAGAGUCCACAUGGGAGAGAAGCCUUACCAGUGUGAUGAGUGUGGGAAGGCCUACAUUAGGUCUUCCAGUCUCCAGAUCCAUUACAGAGUCCACACUGGGGAGAAGCCAUACAAAUGUGAGGUGUGUGGGAAAGGCUUCAGCCAGAGGUCACAUCUUCAAGCUCAUCAGAGAGUCCAUACGGGAGAGAAACCCUACACGUGUGACACUUGUGGUAAGGGAUUCAGUAGGAACUCAGGCCUCCUAAUCCAUCAAAGAGUGCAUAGCAGUGAUAAUUUCUGUAGUAGGGAAGAGUACAGGAGUGGUCGUCCUUCUGAGAACCCGUGCAGAAAUGAAGGUCUGUCAAAUUCUGUUGUGUUUUGUUAAUGAAAAUGUAGCUUUUGUAUCUCACAUGAAUGUCAGUCCUGGUUGGCAAACAACAGAGUAGAGCUCUACCAAGAAGUUUCCAAAAACUCAACAGCCUGCAUGUCAGCAGGAAUUAACAGGAGUUCUAUUGUAAGCAGAAGUUUCCUGUCUUGGAGCCACUCAGUCCCAAAUACUGGGCAGGUGCUUCCCAAAUUACCAUCCAGUGUCUUAGUAUUACUUAGAAACAAACACUUAUAAUAGCUCAGGCUAAUUACAAACUAGGUUUACAUUUUAAGUUAACCUGUAUUCUUUCUUUACGCUCUGCCAUGUGGCGGCACCUUUUUUCAGUAUGGUGUCCCCAUCUUGCUCUCUCCCAUCUGGCCUGUGUCUCCUGAAUCUGCCCCUCUCCUUCCAGACAUCCUUAGUUUCAUCCAUCCCUGGCUACUGGCCAGUCAGCAUUUCAUUAAGCCAAUUAGAGUGAUAAAUUUCAGUGUGCAAGAUUAUUCCACAGCAUUCUUCCCUCUUUGUCUAAUUAAAAAGGAAGGUUUGAUGAUACAGAAUCGAUUUCAUUACGUAUUCAGAUAUAAGAAAUCAGAAAUAGAAAUCAUCCUGUUUAUAUAACACAUAUUUACACAUACAGCAUAAGGAAGUGAUGAGAUUAAUUAACUGUUGGUAGGAAGUAUGCUGGAAGCUUCAAAAUUUCAUAAACACCAUGCCAAUAGCAAGUGUUUGAAAGCCAAGGAAAUUAUAAGGAACUGCCCUACUUGUUUUGAUAUAACCAAACUCCAUUACCUGCAGGAAGUAACCCAAAAGUUACUCAAAGAAAUGAAAUUUGGCAGAUGGAUUUGUUUCAUUUAGCAGAAUUUGGAAAAUUAAAAUGCAUACCAUAUCAUAGAUACAUAUUCAGUAUUUCAAUGAUCAACUGCUAUAAGUUCCAAAAAGGCUGAUCUGUAGUCACACAUUUGUUAGAAGUUACGGCCAUGGUGGGAACACCUGAACGAAUUAGGACUGGCGGUGCUCUAGUUUAUGUUUCUUGUAAAAUGAAAUGGUUUUCUGCAUAUUAUAAUACAAAGCUACUGAAAUAAAUCAACCUGUAUAUUUAAAGAUGUGUUGCUCAGAAUGGAAACCAGGAUAUGUGUUAAGUUGGACAAGAGGUUUUGCUUUUGUUUCUACAAGAGAAGAAAUGCUACAGAUACCAUCAAAACUGAUAAAGUUUCAAUUUGAACAUGAGAGACCUCUUAACUAGAAGAGGUGAUAGUUCAUCAAACAGUAUGACCAGUCGAUCUAAACUAACUUAUAUGAUUAACAAAUGCUUUUCAUUUGGACAGAUAUCACUUGCCAAAACUGGAACCUCCCCAAAGCUAGGGUUGGGGAAGGGUUUUGUUUUUGUCUUUUCAAGGGAAUGAAGGCAUCCUGCUAAGGAGUCUGAAGACCACUUGACAGAUGAGACAUCCAAAGAAAAAUGACAAAUCAUCCAGAAAAAAAACUUCCAAGAACAGAGUAAAUUGGCCUAUUGGUAUAUCACAUUUCCAAGAGGUUAAAAUUUUAUAAAUUUUCCAAAAUGUUUGUUUCUGCUGUUCUCCAUAGACAUAUAAUGCAUAUGAUCUUUUGUAGUCCCAGUUCAAUUGAAGAUUAAAGCUGGCUUUGGAGUUGGAGUGUGGCUCUCUCCUUCUCUAAACCCAACCAUGUUUGUUAAAGUAAAAAUCCAAAAUUUCUGUCUUAUGUAAGAAGAGCUGCCUCAUUUGGGGCAGAAGAAAAAACAAAAAGUAAGGGACUAUUGUAUUGUCACUAAUCUCAUAAUCCUUUGACUCUAUUUUGACUUUAUAAUUUUUCUUAAUGUAUAAAUAUCUCCAAAUUAAUAAGAUUAAUAUAUAUAUACAUAUGUAUGUAUUUUAAACUUUGUCAUGAUAUAAAGGGUCAUAUAGAGUAUUGACUAACUCAAGAAAAAUGCUUCAACUAACUUCCUGUACAUGAUUUAGGGUUAGAGUCUCUAUCAGGUAACUGGGAAUUAAGUUUUUUUGUAUUCUGGAUGUAUAUAACAAAAUACGGUCCCUUAUCCUCUUCAAGAUCUGCUGCGUAUGAUUUUUAAAAUAAAGCCGGGGCAUUGGUGGCACACGCCCUUAAUCCCAGCAAUCGGGAGGCAAAGGCAUGUGGAUCUCCGUGAGUUCAAGACCAUCCUGGUCUACCAAGUGAGUUCCAGGACAGUCUCCAAAACAAUACAGAGAAACCCUGUCUUGAAAAAAACAAAAACAAACAAACAAAAGUUUUCUGCACUGAACCAAUACCAUCCUCAACAACGUCCUUUGUAGUCUCCAAAAAGAGGAUGGGGCCCCACAACAAUGAUUCCACCUGGAUUGUGGCGAUGCCACUAAACUGGCAAACAGCACCCAGAGAUGGGCCGUGGACUACAAACUGCUCAGGACAAUUUCAUGGUGGCAGCCGAGAUGGUCCAGCCUCACAGACCACUCCAGCCAGGACUUGAGACAAGCCCUGCACUUUCUGAUUACACCGAGACUGGACAAUAAAUGAUUCAACUAGGUCUCCCAGGAUUUGAUAAUUUUGCCAUUUUUUAUCAGAGUCCUUUAAAGAUGCCUUGCCCCCAGACAGCAGGAAGUAAUUUUAAGAACACAGUGCCCACAUUCCCAAGAGUUGGGGCAGCUGGUUUUUGGUCUUUCUUUGGAUUCUGGAGAUUUGUCAUUGUUUAAUGUGGUUUCUUACUCAAGAAAAAAAGCUGAACAAAGGAGAUUAGAUUCAGGGUUCUUGCUCUAAAAAGAAAGAGGGGGAAUAUAGAAAUAAGAGGAUAAAGGGUAGAUUAUUGAAACUACUCAGAAAAGAAAAAGGGGAGAUAUAACUAUGACAGGAUAAAGAGUAGAUCAUUGAAUCUACUUUGAAGCCGAAAAAGCAACAACUAGUCUUAAAUAUUUUACAUUGAUAUGGAUUUUUUUUGUAUAUUGAUACAAAUUCGAGGUUUUUGUUAGAACAUACUGUAAUACGUUAUUACACUUGUUCAAGGUAUUGUACUUAUACAGCUCAUUUAACAAUUUAAUGCAAAUUUCUCACCCUUGAAAGUUAUUGCAAACUAAUAUAAUAAACAAAUGCAGGUAAAUAGUCAGGUGUUACAAUUGAACUUGUAAUCCUGUUAGGUAUGCUUUCAAGGUCAAAUAUAUUUUAGAUAGGCAGAUGAUCUUCAAACACUUCAUAUAUCUUCAGAAUAUGGCAUUUAAGAUGUUUUAAUAUCAUAGGUUCUUUUACUUUUUUAUAUGACGAGAUAAGUCUGCUCCUGACAACAUUAAUCUACUUGAGAGAAGAUGCUGUAUAUUGAAGAAAGUCCAUAUGGAGUUUACUUUCUUUGUGGCAAAAGUUAGCCACUGGGCAAGAAACUGCCCUUGCCUCAACUGCACACACUAUGCUGUCCAAGUUGGACAAGGAAGGACAGUUCUUCAGAAUCUCCUGCUUCACAGGAAUGUCUGUCACAUAUGCUAGGCCUGUGGACUGAAGAUGGGUACCCCAACAUUGCAUUACAGAGGAACCCUGGAUGACUGUCCAGAUAGCUAACUAUUUUUGCAAUAUUCUUGGAAGUCUUGCUUGCACUUAGUGCUUACUCAGGUAAUAUUUCCUUCUAAGAUCUCUGAUGCAGUUGAAGAUUAGAUAGUGCUAGUUUUCCUUGAUAACACAUUCAGAAAAGAAACUUACAAGAGAAAUAUGAAGUGUAUAAGGUUGAGAGACAAAAACGUUUAUAGAAGGUGAAUUGGGUACAACCCUUUGGGCUCACCAUGAAAGAAUAGAUAAUGGAGUGUUUUCUCUGAAUUUGUCCAAUGCAAAUGGACUGGACAUUGUUAAUGUAAUUCUUGAGUGUAUACAUUGUAUAUAGUUAUUAUGCUUAUUGUAUAUACUUUUCUAUAUUAUAACCUUUGAUUUUUAUUUAGACAAAA